GCAGAGCUGUCUUACCGUCAGAAGGUUUCUUCUCCAGUUCAUGAACCCAUGCAGGCCACUGGCUUUCUCAAUGAGCUCAGGACCCUGAAAGAGAUGAUGGACAUGCAACCGCGAAAUCGAAUCCAAGUGGGUGGAACUGCGAAAAUACUGACACUUCAGUUAACCAAUGGUGUUGCAAACGCCUUUUUUGGUUGACAAGCUGAACCAAUCAGAGAAGGAGGAACUCUCGAACAGACCAAUGAAUAUUUGUGCUGCACUGUGACAGGAGGCGGGGCUGAAGUCACCGGUCGGAUGUCGCCUGACCGGAUGGUCGCUGGAAGUUUUGUUUUGUGAGUUUCGGCUGCGGAUAAAUUAACUUAUUUAAAUGUGAUGUUUUUCGUCAGUUAAAGGCUCUUGAGUCUCGUUAAGCUGUUUAAGUUUUGCUUCUCAGUGACGGGCCGAUGAAUGAAGGUGUUUGAAGGGUGAAAACUAAAGCUUGGAAGUAACCCGAGCACCCCCUGCAGCAGCGCUUGUGUCCGGGAGAGACGAGACGAGUCGAGCCCGAGUGAAGCCAUGGGGAACCGGGGGAUGGAGGAGUUGAUCCCCCUGAUCAACAAACUCCAGGACGCUUUCAGUUCCAUCGGCCAGAGCUGCAACCUAGACCUGCCACAGAUAGCCGUGGUCGGAGGACAGAGCGCCGGAAAAAGCUCAGUCUUGGAAAAUUUCGUCGGCAGGGACUUUCUCCCUCGUGGUUCAGGCAUUGUCACUCGGAGGCCUCUCAUUCUGCAGCUAGUCAACAAUAAAGCAGAGUAUGCAGAGUUUUUGCACUGUAAGGGGAAGAAGUUUGUGGACUUUGAUGAGGUUCGGCAGGAGAUCGAAGCAGAGACGGACAGAAUUACGGGCUCUAAUAAGGGCAUCUCCCCCAUUCCCAUCAACCUGAGAGUCUACUCCCCUAAUGUGUUGAAUCUGACUCUCAUCGACUUGCCGGGGAUGACCAAGGUUGCUGUGGGUGACCAGCCCCCGGACAUUGAGCACCAGAUUAGAGACAUGCUUCUGCAGUUCAUCACCAAGGAUAGCUGCCUCAUCCUGGCCGUCACACCGGCCAACACUGACCUGGCAAACUCAGAUGCUCUGAAGAUCGCCAAAGAGGUGGACCCACAGGGACUGCGCACGAUCGGUGUGAUCACUAAGCUGGACCUGAUGGAUGAGGGAACAGAUGCCCGAGACAUCCUGGAGAACAAGCUCUUACCGCUGCGCAGAGGCUACAUUGGGGUGGUGAACCGCAGUCAGAAGGAUAUUGAUGGCCGGAAGGAUAUCCGUGUGGCUCUGGCCGCAGAGAGGAAGUUCUUCUUGUCCCAUCCUGCUUACAGACACAUGGCUGAGCGAAUGGGAACACCUCAUCUGCAGAAAACUCUCAACCAGCAACUGACUAACCAUAUUCGGGACACGUUGCCGGGUUUGCGUAGUAAGCUGCAGUCUCAGCUGCUGUCUCUGGAGAAGGAAGUGGAGGAGUACAAAAACUUCCGUCCGGAUGACCCCACGCGCAAGACCAAGGCCCUGCUGCAGAUGGUGCAGCAGUUUGGGGUGGACUUUGAGAAGUGUAUUGAGGGCUCAGGAGAUCAGGUGGACACUGUGGAGCUGUCUGGCGGUGCUAGGAUCAACCGCAUCUUCCACGAGCGAUUCCCCUUCGAGCUGGUCAAGAUUGUGUUUGACGAGAAGGAGCUGCGGCGAGAGAUCAGUCAUGCCAUUAAGAACGUCCACGGUGUCAGAACUGGCCUGUUCACUCCAGACCUGGCGUUUGAGGCCAUCGUGAAAAAGCAGGUCGUAAAGCUGAAAGAGCCGUGUCUCAAAUGUAUCGAUCUGGUCAUUCAGGAGCUCAUCAACACGGUCAGGCAGUGCACCAACAAGCUGGGCUCCUACCCCCGACUCCGAGAGGAGACCGAGAGAAUAGUCACUACACACGUCAGAGAGAGAGAGGGCAAGACCAAGGACCAGGUUCUGUUGCUGAUUGACAUUGAGCUGUCCUACAUCAACACCAACCAUGAAGACUUCAUUGGAUUUGCCAAUCUUGACCACCGAAGGCUGGAUGACGGUACCCUUCCUGGGUACAGCAGCAACAGUGCUCAACAGAGAAACCCACAUGUGAAUAAGAAAAGGGCUAUUCCAAACCAGCUAGGUGGGCUGAGAGAAUGUGAACAGGAACAGGUGAUCCGCAAGGGCUGGCUGACCAUCAACAUCAGCAUCAUGAAGGGAGGAUCCAAGGAGUACUGGUUCGUCCUGACCGCUGAGUCACUGUCUUGGUACAAGGAUGAAGAGGAGAAGGAGAAGAAGUACAUGCUUCCUCUGGACAAUCUGAAGUUGAGAGAUGUAGAAAAAGGCUUCAUGUCCACAAAACACAUCUUUGCGAUCUUCAACACCGAACAAAGGAACGUUUAUAAAGACCUGCGUCAGAUCGAGCUGGCGUGUGACUCUCAGGAGGACGUGGACAGCUGGAAGGCCUCGUUCCUGCGAGCGGGAGUUUACCCUGAGAAAGAUCAGCCGGAGGCAGAGGAUGCUGCUCCAACAGACACCUUCUCCAUGGACCCUCAACUGGAGAGACAGGUGGAGACGAUCCGGAACCUGGUGGACUCUUACAUCGGCAUUGUCAACAAGUCCAUCAGAGACCUAAUGCCCAAAACCAUCAUGCAUCUAAUGAUCAACAGUACUAAGGACUUCAUCCACUCUGAGCUGCUGGCCUAUCUGUACUCAUCAGGUGACCAGAACAGCCUAAUGGAGGAGUCUGCUGACCAGGCUCAGAGGAGGGACGAGAUGCUGCGUAUGUACCAUGCCCUCAAGGAGGCACUCAGCAUCAUCGGUGACAUCAGCACCUCCACUGUCUCCGUGCCUGUCCCACCACCCGUCAAUGACAGCUGGAUCCCUGAGGCCAGCCCCACCCCUCAACGCCGGCCGGCUACUGCAGCCCCGCCCCCCAGCAGGCCUCCAGCAGUUAGAGGCCCCACCCCAGGACCUCCACCUCUCAACCCAUCCCCUGCUUUCGGGGCCCCACCCAUCCCCUCACGCCCAGGGCAGCCCCUCAAUGCCUUCAGUAACAGCAGCCAAGACCCUUUCAGUGCUCCCCCUCAGAUCCCCUCUCGUCCGGCCCGUGUGCCCCCAGGGGUGCCCAGCCGAAGACCCCCUGGCGCCCCCCACCGGCCCACCAUAAUCCGCCCCGCCGAGCCUUCCCUUCUAGACUAGGAGACUAGGCCAGUGCUCUACACACAGCUGCAAAUCGGGGCCAACGUCUAAAAAGAGAGAUAGAGAGAAUAAGAGAACUAGAGAGAGAGAGAGAGAGAGAGAGAGAGAUAUGGGGCUGCAGGGCUCUGCGGAUAAUGCGAAUAUACAUCCAGCCUGACCAACAGACCUGUCUAUUUCACUCACUGUCGUCUGAUGAACGCUGCUAAUUUCCUCCUUUAGAUCUUUUUAAAGUCCUGGGGACUAAACGCAGGCUCCAGAUGCAGACCUAUUUAGAUGUCGUGGUUUGUUGAAUCAUUUUUUUUGUUUGUUUUAUUUAAUUUUUUUGGGUUGAGCUGAGGUGGUGUGCUUGGCUUCCUGACUGUUAUUUCAGCUGUUUACACAGUUGUCCACCAGGGGGCACCGUGAUAUACCUGUGUAGAUAAAACCCCCGUUUGCCCUGGUUUUGCUCCGAGUGGGGUACUUUCAUCUUCUCCGAAUGGUGGAAUAAUUUUUUAUAAAAGGCUGUUUCCGGCUAUUUGUGGUCGAACUAGCCAGUCCUUUCUACUCUCCAUCUGUAGGCAUCUCUUGAUGUGUAAUUUACUCUCUAACAUAUUUUGGGGGGCUGUUUUCUUGACUAACUGAUAUCAUGCUGAAAACAAGAUACCAUUGUUAUCAUUAUUGUUCUCGUUAUGGAAUUUUUGUUUUGGUGUUCAUUUGUUCACUUGAGGGUUUCUUUUUAAUAAACGUGUACAUAGCUUAUCAGACACCCACUUCAACUCUUCAGUUAAAUCAGAUGCGAGAUCAGACGCAAACUAGGCACUUGGUCAUGAGUGAGUGACCAACCAGGCACCGGCUUAAAAUUCCUUCCAGAUUGACCAUCACCCUCUUCCAUGACCGCAAACUGUAAAUACACAUUGUUAACAGUUAGCAGGGAUACACACUAGAUAAUUCAUCACAUGCAGACUGAUUGGAAUGGUGUGCCUGUGAAUCUCAACCGUUGAAGAGCACUUAGAUUUUAGGUGUAGGGGAAGGUUUGGUGGAGCUGGUGUGUGUAUGCAUUUUUGUUUAUACGUAAUAAUCUGUGUAUAUGAAAAUAAUCCUGGAAGCACAAUAACCACUCGCGAUUUUGGGGGGGGUGGGGUUGGGAAGCUACUCUGCCUUGUUUAAGAUAGCGUCUCAGGUGACAGCCAUGUUUUAGCGUCCCCGUUCGUUAACAUAGUUUUAGUUAGCUCAGUUCUUUUAGGGUUCGUGUAAUUUAAGUUAAUCUCUCGAGGCCUUAUGAUUGCCUUUGUUUCACGUUCAGGGAAGGACAGAGUGUCAUUGGGGUGGAGGGAACUACUGAGCACGAGCAACCUGAAGAGCACUGGAGUGGGGCAGUUUGACCGUAUAAUGCUAAUGUGGCUGGCAGUGACUAAUGAGGGCUGGGUAUUGUUAAAAUGACUAAUAUUACUUCAGUACUUUUAACGUAUGCACCAAUAUAGGGAAUUUGCACUGCAAACAGUAAAAUGAAUAAAAUGCAGAUAUUUGAGCACAGAAGCCCAACAUCACCUAAAUGUUCUGGUCUUUGGAGUAUAGUAAAUACAUCAUCAGAUAUCAGUUUGAAAUAUCACUCAAAUUUAAUCAUCUGUCCAAUGCUGAUAAUUGUUUUACAGCAAAAAUGCCAAUACGCUUCUGAUAUCAUUGUGCAUUCUUAACCUAUUUGAUUCCUAAACGGUACUUUCUUUUAAUUUACAAACCAAAAGUGGGUGUGGCUUAAACCAGAAACGAGUAUUGCUGGAACAGGGUGUAUGUACAGACCCCAGCAGACUGCGGACCAAUCAAAAAGCACUUGUGCCCCCCUGCUUUCGGAAAGUAAUUUAAACAGCCAAUCGGCGGACUAGAUUUGUGAACAAGCAUGCCUAUUGGCUCACAGAUGCUAAGACUAAUUACGAUGUUGAAAUUGAGCAUUCAUUAACAUUUUUUAUACUCUGCAUUUGGUCGGUACUGUAAAGGUAUUGCAUUUUGAUACCCAGCCCUACUGGUGAUGCUGACGUUGCUAACUGUGACUGAAAGCCAGUUAAAAUACGUGUCGGCUUUUAUCCACUGCAAGCCACAUUUGAAAUGUCUAGAGGGGGUGUUUGACCAUCCAAUGCUAAAGUAUCUUCCUGUGAAAGAAAGCUAGCAGUUGUUAGCGCAAGAUCAGGUGGGCCUGACUGCUUUCAUGCAUUGUGAGCCACUUCAGCACCCCUGAAGACAUACUUGUCUCCAGAAGAUUUAAAGACGAUAUGAAAAUAUAGGAACAGGGUCACAAAACUCGGGCACAUGCAGGUGUGUAGGGAUCGCGAUGCGUUUUUAACAGAAAGGUGAAAAGCACUGAUCGGGUUUGCAAAUACAAAGACACUGAAGUAGAGAAGGGCAGGAGGAGUAAUAACCAAACAGGCGAGGUUUUAACGUAGCUGUGGUUUGUACUAAUAGACGCACUAACAGGGCUGCUGGAAGGGACAGCUUAGGGAAUAGACAUGCAGAGCUUGGAUCUUUUUGAGUGUAUUAUUUAUAACCCGGGCAUUUGUCAUUGAUGUUUUGAUUUCCAGUUUCACAAGCAAUGUUUCUUUCUCCCAUGUGCAUUCAGAGUAAGCGUUAUUUGGACGGGAUUCGUUUUUGAGUGGUAAUGUAAUUUUACCAGCCACGGUACGGAGGCACUCGAAGUGUUCUCUGUGGUUGAAAUCAAGCUAAUAUGCAUUGCCCUCCCUGAAGUGCACCACUCCAAGCAUUAAAUGAUGCAACAUGAUGAAAAAAGUUAGAUUUUUUGCACCAAUGUUGACUGUUGGCUGUAAAUUUCCAAAUGAUGAUGCCAGUGUCACUUUAGACAGGUAAGGAGAUGGUUUGGGUAAAGAUAAUAAUGGCUAGUUUUUUUGGAAUGAAGGCAGUGCAUAAAUCAUGUAGCCACUCCCAAACCUGUCAUCCUGUGUGCAUCAGUCAUAAACAUUACAGACGUUCUGUGGUAAAAUUGCAUUAAGCCACCUUCCCAUAUAAAACAAAUCCCGUCUGAAUAGUGCUGUAGGCAGAAAUCUCUUCACUUUGUGGGGCAGCUUGUAGACCCUUCUGUUAUUUCCCACUGUGCCCAGCCAUAGUGAAACUCACCCAUGGAUGAACUGUGGGGUGAAUGAUGAUCUGGUUCCUGUGGGUUUUCUAUUGUUUCUGAUCUAAUUGCAGAAUGAGGGAUUUGGUGUCAGGUUUUAUCUGAGAAAUUAAAAGGGUGGUGAUGAUGUUCCUUUUGUUUUCACUUUGGACUGAUUAUGACUUGUGUGGAGAUGGUGGGGGGGCAAGGGAAGGAACAUGUUCUGUCCAGAGAAUCACAUUGAUGUUAUGGACCCCAGAGUGAAGUAAGAGUUCAUUCAGACUAACUAAUAGCUCUGAAUGCUGUAGAUUCUCUGGGCAGAAUUGAUUGUACUACCCCGACUCCCCUUUUUAACUUAAUACAUGGUGUGGCUACAAUGAAGGAGGCUGUUAUGUUUUAAGGUUUUUUUUCUCCACAGAAUUUUAUAUACAAAUUGUUUUAUUGGGAAAUAUCAUGCAUAUCUGUCCAACUGGAAACUUGAAUGAGUACCAGGCUCUCAUUGUCAUUGUAGCCAUGCUUCUGUGAUUUGUCAUUUCUUUUUGGUGACCCAACCCCCCAUCCCCACCCUGCCCCCCUCUUCCCCUGCUCUCCACACCUCUCAUCUCUUGGGUUCGGGGUGGGGGAACCAGUUGACCACCUGUGUAGUCAUUCAUCUAUUUGUAUUGCUUUUUUGGUUUUGUUUUUGAAAUCCUAAAUCCUUGUCAAGUGCCUCUAUAGGUAUUAAUGCACUCUGAGCUGAAAAGAAAUGGUGAGAAUUGGAAAAUGAGCUAAUAAAGAGGUUUUGUGUACCAUAAAAGGGA